ACUAUGAACCUACAGAUGUUGUUGGUUUGCAGCUCCCCUCAGCACCAGCCAGCAUGCCCAGUAGUCGAGGAUGAUGGGAUUUGUAGUCACACAACCACCAGCGCUCUUUGGAUCUGGUGGGCCAGGGUUCAAAUGCCCAUUCAGCCAUGAAGCCUACUGGGUGACCUACCUCACAGGGUUGUUGGGGCGAUGAAAUAGGGGGAGAAUCAAAGGUUUGCGACAUCCCGGUCUAAAUAUAGCCAGCUGACUCUCCGCAGGGAGGGAGGAAAACCUUGCUAGUCAGGGAGGUUGAAUUUCACCCCUUAGAAACACACACACGUUGUCGUUACACAGUUAAACAGCAGUCCUGUUUUUCAGGUUGGCUUUGGUCUGGGAGAAGGAGAGGGAAAAUGGCGAACAAAGGAGGGGGUUCAGUUAGUGGCGUCCAUGUUCAAACUGUGGUGGAGAAGCGGGUGAAAAGAGAGGAGGAGGGCGGAGGAGAAGAAUCGCGGCUUGACUCGAGAGAAGACCCACUUGCUCUCUGGAGCGAGCACACGAAACCAUUCUGGGUGAGAGCCAGACUGCAUGAGAUCGCAAAGGAAAACUGUAAGGGACCACAGCCACACAGGGAGGCCCAACUGCAGGAGUUCCUGAGGAAAGUGGAGUCUCUCCACUCGAGAGAGGACAACCCUUGGUGCUGCAGCCUCCCAUUUCAAGGGAUGGUUUUCUGUCCUCUACCAGCAGUGCAGCUGAUAUUGGUUGGCAGGAAAUAGGAGAGAAGACUGUGAGCCGAAUGAUGCCAGGCUUCUGCAGGGGAGGCCAAUGGUCUGAGAGCGGCGUCUUGGGCGAAGGCAAGGCCAGCCACAGGGAAGUGAAGGAAGAGAUUCCAGGUGAGGCCGACCCAGACACCCUGCGGCAGAUCUUCCGGCGAUUCCCCUAUCUGGAAGGUGACGACCCCCGCGAGGUUUGCCAAAGGCUCCGAGAACUUUGCCACCGGUGGCUGAAGCCGGAGAGAAGCAGCAAGGAGCAGAUCCUGGAUCUGGUGAUCCUGGAGCAGUUCCUGGCUGUCUUGCCCUUGGAGACGCAGGGCUGUGUCAAGGAACGGGGCCCGGAGACUUGUGCCCAGGCUGUGUUGCUGGUGGAAAACGCCUUACUGAUGCAGCAAGAAGGCAAGAGACAGGAAGCUCAGGUACCGGAGCUUUGCAAAGCAGAGAAGGCGCUUCUAUCUGAGGCCAAGGAGGAUCAGGCGGACACCUGGCAGGGGCCGGUUUGCAUCAAGGAGGAGGACGAGAGUGCGAGUGCCAUUUCCUUGGGCGAUGAGAGGACAUGGGAGAUGGAGCAACAUCGGCCAGAACAUUGUGGAGUGGUGGAAUUGCUGGGAAGUACCAAACGGAACAUUCCUCACUGUCCUGUUUGGGGGGAAGGCUCUGGAAGCCCACAGCAGAAUCCCCUAGUGAGGAAAGAGGACGAAGUUGCUCAGUGCAGGCCUGUCUUUAGACAGAAGCCUCACCUGACUUUGCACGAAAGCCCCCAUUCAGGAGAGAAGCCAUUCAGCUGCUCAGCUUGCAGGAAGAGUUUCAGUCGCCGCUCCAACCUUGUCAUACAUCAGAGAAUGCACACGGGGGAAAGGCCGUACAAGUGUCCGAACUGUGAGAAGAGCUUCAGCCACCGCUCCAACCUCAGCGCCCACGAGACAGUCCACACCGGAGAAAAGCCCUAUAAGUGUGCCGACUGUGCGAAGAGCUUUGGCCACCAGUCGCAACUCAUUGCUCAUCGGAGAAUCCACACGGGAGAGAAGCCUCAUAAGUGCUCGGACUGUGGGAAAAGCUUCAGUAAUCCGUCGCAUCUCAAAGCCCACUGGAGGGUCCAUACAGGAGAGAGACCCUACGCGUGCUCCGAGUGCGGGAAGAGCUUCAACCAGAGAUCUAUCCUUAUUGUCCAUGCAAGGACCCACACGGGAGUGAAGCCGUACACGUGCGCCGCCUGUGGGAAAAGCUUCAGCCAGAGCGCAAACCUUACAGCUCACGAGAGAAUCCAUACCACACGGACCUUCCGUUAUGCAACAGAGCUCUCUGAGGAAAGGAACUGUCUCAGUACCAUAAACAUGGCAACAACCUCAGUUGGGGAGGCCACAUAGAAGAGCUCCAGUACCUGUUUGAUGCUUCUUCUUUUUCAACCUCGCAGAUUGUUACGUGGAAAGGAAAUGUUUAAAGUUGAUAAUAAAACUGUAAGCCCUUAAAGGCAGGGCGGAUGUGUGGACUCUGCCCUGUGGUUCUGUGAAUUCUGUGGCAAGAAAACAGGAAGCGUUUGGGAGGGAUUUUCUUACAACCUUUUGUCAAUUGUUUUUAUUUAUUUCAUGAAAUCCAUACACCACCAAUUACGGAUUCGAAAAUAUU